AUGAGCCGACAAGUGUGCAGAACGACCGUCAGCAGCAGCGGGGGCAAGGGCUUCAGCGGCCGCUCGGCUGUGGUCUCGGGCAGCAGCCGCAUGAGCUCCUCCAUGGCUCGGUCCAGCAUGGGCGGUGGGGCCUGUGGAAUCCGGAGUGGAGGGGCCGGGGGCUUCGGGAGCCGGAGCCUCUACAGCCUGGGUGGCAGUAAGAGCAUUUCCUUCAGCGUGGGGGCCCGUGGCGGAGGCUUCGGGGGCGGCCGUGGCGUCUGUGGAGGAGGCUACGGAGGCAGUGGCUACGGUGGUUAUGGCGUAGGAGGGGGCUUCGGCGGUGGCUACGGCGGUGGCUUCGGUGGAGCCGGCGGCUUCGGCGGAGCCGGGGGCUACGGCGGUCCUGGCUUCGGAGGUCCCGGAGGCUUCGGGGGUCCCGGUGGCUUCGGCCCUGGGGGCUUCUCCGGCGGCAUCCAGGAGGUGACGAUCAACCAGAGCCUCCUGCAGCCGCUCAACGUGGAGAUCGACCCCCAGAUCGGGGCCGUGAAGGCCCAGGAGCGUGAGCAGAUCAAGACGCUCAACAACAAGUUUGCCACUUUCAUUGAUAAGGUGCGAUUCCUGGAGCAGCAGAACAAGGUGCUGGAGACCAAAUGGGAGCUCCUGCAGCAGCAGAGGACUGGCACCACCUCGGGUACCAACAACCUAGAGCCGUUGUUUGAGGCCUACAUCAGUAGCCUGCGCAGACACUUGGACGGUCUCGUGACAGAGCGGGGCAGACUGGAUGGAGAGCUGCGGAGCAUGCAGGAGCUGGUGGAGGACUACAAGAGGAAGUAUGAAGAUGAAAUUAACAAGCGCACCGCCGCCGAGAAUGAGUUCGUGACACUGAAGAAGGAUGUGGAUGCUGCUUAUAUGAACAAGGUGGAACUGCAGAGCCAGGUGGACUCCUUGACGGACGAAAUCAACUUCCUGCGGACGUUGUAUGAUGCGGAGCUGUCCCAGAUGCAAACCCACAUCAGCGACACCAACGUGGUCCUGUCCAUGGACAACAAUCGCUGCUUGGACCUGGACAGCAUCAUCGCCGAGGUCAGGGCCCAGUACGAGGACAUCGCCCAGCGCAGCAAGGCUGAGGCCGAGGCCCUGUACCAGACCAAGCUCGGGGAGCUGCAGACCACCGCUGGUCGCCACGGAGAUGACCUGAGGAGCACCAAGACUGAGAUCAUGGAGCUGAACCGCAUGAUUCAGCGGCUGCGGGCCGAGAUCGAGAGCAUCAAGAAGCAGAAUGCCAACCUGCAGACGGCCAUUGCCGAUGCGGAGCAGCGCGGGGAGAUGGCACUCAGGGAUGCCCGGGCCAAGCUGGAAGAACUCCAGGCUGCCCUGCAGAAGGCUAAGGAUGACCUGGCCAGGCUGCUGAAGGAUUACCAGGAGCUGAUGAACGUCAAAUUGGCCCUGGAUGUGGAGAUUGCCACUUACAAGAAGCUGCUGGAAGGAGAGGAGUGCAGGAUGUCCGGAGAGUGCCAGAGUGCUGUGAGCAUCUCCGUGGUCAGCAGCAAUACCAGUGUCUCCUCGGCCGUGGGCGGCGGCUUCAGCCGUGGUGGAGGCUUUGGGAGCAGUGGAGGCUUCGUCAGCGGUGGAGGCUUCGGGAGCAGUGGAGGCUUCAGCAGCGGCGGAGUUGGAGGCUUCUCCUCAGGCAGCCGGUGCGGCUUGGGCGGCGGCUUCUCCUCCGGCAGCAGCCGGGGAGGGGUCAGCGGGUCCAGUGUCCGCUUCUCCCAAUCCUCCUCCAGCCAGCGCUGCCCCAGAUAA